CAGGGAGGGGGGGAGGGGGUUUUUGAUUUGGGGAAGUAGGGUUUUUGAAAAUUCUCUCAUCACCUUUCCCUUAACUAAUCCAAUUCUUUUUCCAUUAUUUCUCUGUUUCACUCUUCACUAAGAUUGCAUAAAUUGCUGCAUUUACUUUGAACAGAGAGGGGCAACAAGGAGAAGGAAGAAGGAAAAUGGGUGCACAGAAGAAGGGUGCACCUAGGGUUUCGGAGGACGCGGACGAUCUCGCACGUCAUCCAUUGCAAGCUGUUCUAUUGGCGGAUAGCUUCGCCACAACGUUUCGUCCCACCACCCUUGAGCGCCCCAAGGUACUACUGCCAUUGGUUAAUGUUCCCAUGAUAAAUUACACAUUGGCAUGGCUUGAGUCUGCUGGUGUUGAAGAAGUUUUUGUUUUCUGUUGUGCUCAUUCGAGGCAAGUGAUUGAUUAUUUGGAGAAUUCUGAAUGGUAUUCCCAGCCAAACUUUUCUGUAACUACAAUAGAGUCACACAAUUCUGUUAGUGCUGGAGAUGCUUUGCGAUUGAUUUAUGAGCGCCAUGUGAUACAUGGAGAUUUUGUUCUUAUUAGUGGAGAUACAGUAAGCAAUAUGUCACUUACCCGGGUGCUUCAUGAACACAAGGAGAGACGGAAAAAGGAUACAAAUGCUGUAAUGACCAUGGUCAUCAAACAGUCAAAGCCUUCUCCAAUCACUCACCAGUCUCGACUUGGUACUGAUGAGCUGUUUAUGGCAAUAGAUCCUAGUUCAAAGCAGCUUUUAUAUUACGAGGAUAAGACAGAUCAUUCAAAAGGGACUGUGUCGCUUGAUAAAGCAAUGCUAUUUGAUAAUCCAUCUAUUUCUGUGCACAAUGACAAGCAGGAUUGCUAUAUUGACAUCUGUUCUCCAGAGGUCCUCAGCCUUUUCACUGACAAUUUUGACUACCAACACCUGCGCCGCCAUUUUGUUAAGGGAUUGCUCGUCGAUGAUAUUAUGGGUUACAAAAUUUUCACUCAUGAAAUUCACUCAAGUUAUGCGGCUAGGAUAGAUAAUUUUCGAAGCUAUGAUACCAUUAGCAAGGACAUAAUUCAGAGGUGGACAUAUCCAUAUGUCCCAGAUAUAAAUUUUUGUGGAAAUCGUGCAAGUAAGCUUGAGAGACAGGGAAUGUAUCGAGCAUCAGGAAUAACACAAUCACGAUCCGCGCUAGUUGGUCCUUUUACUGUGGUUGGUUAUGGCACUAAAAUUGGAAAUAACACCGAAAUUAUUAAUUCAGUUAUUGGGGAAGGGUGUGCUAUUGGAUCAAAUGUUUUAAUAGAAGGUUCAUAUAUAUGGGAUAAUGUCACCAUUGAAGAUGGCUGUGAUAUACGGCAUGCAAUAGUGUGUGAUGGGGUGACGAUAAAAGCAGGAGCAGUUUUGAAACCAGGUGUUGUUUUAUCUUUCAAGGUUAUAAUUGGACAAAAAUUUGUUGUUCCUGCGUACUCAAAAGUUUCGUUGCUUAAACAACCAACCAAGCAAGAUAGUGACGAAGAACUGGAAUAUGCAGACAAUAGCACUGAAACUGAACUCUCAAGUAAAUUCUAAUGGCUCUGAUUUACUCUCCGUGUGUGUUCUGCUACAUGUGUGCUUGGUGUCGGUGGUGUUGGUCACAUUUGGUCAGUUUGUGAAAGUGGACAUGAAGAUAAAUGGAGGCAUUCAGUUGCCCCUAUCCCUGAAGAUAAACUUGCUGAGAUUACUCAAGCUACAGAUGACGACCAGGAAUUAUUAACUAAAGAUGGCAAUGCUCUUUCGCACUUGGAAGAGUUGAAGUCUAAUUCUGAUUCUGAUGAUGUUGAUAAUGAAGACUUGAGAGAUGACUACAGCUACUUUGAGAAAGAAGUUGAAGCAACCUUUUUAAGGGCUGUUGAUGAAAACGUCAAAGUAGAUCAUGUAAUCCUAGAAGUAAAUUCUUUGCGGUUGUCAUACAACAUGGAAUCUGCUGACUGUGCUGGAGCAGUAUUUUAUUCGAUGAUGAAAUGGGCAUUAGAAAUUCCGCAUAGUUCAGCUGGUGACUUGAAAAAAAAUGCUACUGAUGUAAUUAGAACGUGGAAGGAACUCCUCAAGUCAUAUGUAAAACAAAUUGACGAGCAGAUUGAAGUGAUCAUGAAAUUUGAAGAAAUGUGUCUUGAAUCUGCUAGGGAGUUUGCCCCAAUGUUCGUUCAGAUAUUGCAUUUUCUGUAUGAUCAAGAAAUUUUAGAAGAAGAUGCUAUUUUAAGAUGGGUGGAUGAAAAAGAAGGUGCAGACGAAUCAGAUAAAGUUUUUCUUAGGCAAUCGGAAAAAUUCGUCCAGUGGCUGAGGGAGGCGGAGGAAGAGGAUGAUGAGGACGACGAAGAAGAAGAAGAAGAAGAAGACGAAGAAGAAGAAGAAGAGUAAGAAAAGAAGGCAGUUAGUUGUACAUCGAAUUUGAGGUUAGUACUCAAAGUGCUUUAUACAAAAGUAUAGGAUUGUGACCAACAAAUUGUUGUGCAUCUCCAUUUUUGGUUGUGAAGAAACAGUUUUGUCCCGGACAUCUUAAAUGUAAAUGGAUUAUCAUCUCGCACGCAAAGCGGGUACCGGAGGAAAUCUCUGUUGAAUUCUUGUAAGGAUCUUUAAACGUGAAGCUUCAAUUUCGCUGCUAAAUCUUGUUUUUUUUUUU